UUUAAUACGGGUUGACGUAUCCGAAGUGCUACGGAGCUACGUACGUGCGUUUGGAAUUGUUGCUUAGCAAGCCGUCAAAGAUCGGCCAAGUGUUGCAAAUGUAAUUAAAAAUAACGGUAGAAGGUAUGCGGGCUCCAAUAGUACCCGCUACCUUGCUACUGCUGGUGUUUGCACUAGAGUUAGACGCGACAAGACGAAAACAGAAGGAAAAAGUUGUCCAUACCACAAUAAAUAUAUGCGAUAUCAGUGACAGAGAUUCAAAAGUACAUUGCUACUGUGAAUUCAGUCAAGAUUUUAACGAAGCAGUUAAAACUGAAUGUUGGGUAUUCAAUGGAGGAAUAGAUAAAUCAGAUAGUCUGUGGUCUAGUUUUACUUCACAGUCAAAUAUAGAAAACUUAGCUUUCAAUGUACGAGCAGAUGGAGGACUUAAUUUUGUACCUUCUAAUGUUCUACUAUAUCUAAAAAAACUACGAAGUUUUAGUAUUAAAUAUAGCUCUAUUGUAAAUAUUGAAAGUUAUUCGUUUGCUAACCUAACUAAUGUACAAGAAAUAACAUUAACAAAGAAUCAGAUAGUUAAUGUUGAAAGACAUACGUUUUACAACUUGCCUAAUUUAACUGUUCUCACAUUGGAUGAAAAUAAAAUAACAAGGCUUGUUUCAGAGACGUUCUAUGAACUGCCGAGUUUACAUAAAUUGUACUUAACCAGUAACAAUAUAAGUGUUAUCGAAGAUGGUACAUUCAGACAUCUUGUAAACUUACUAGAAUUAGAAUUAGAUAGGAACAAUAUAAAUGAAUUGAAGAAGGAAUGUUUCGACGGACUUGCGAAUCUAAAGCGUCUAGACUUGAGAAGAAACAAAUUGACAGUAUUGAAAUCGUUUACAUUCACUGAGCUUUGGAAUCUACAAGAAUUGCUACUGGAUUAUAAUGAAAUUCAUGCAUUAGCACAAAGGACUUUUGAUGGAUUGUCUUUAUUAAAGAAAUUGAGCUUAAGUCAUAAUAAACUAAUUGCUCUGAUAAGCGGAUUGUUUGAAGGAGUGAGAGGUCUAUCGGCGCUGGACUUACGAUACAACAAAUUGAAGAGAUUCACAUACGAUAAUGUUAAACCAAUUUAUGACAAUUUGAAAAAUCAGAAGAGUUACAUUUAUUUGGAUGGUAAUGAUUUCGACUGUGACUGUCAUUUGGCGUGGAUGCACAAACUACGUCAUGAAGCCAGAAGUAUAAAAGUUCGGACAUCAUUGGAGAACUUUAUCUGCAAAUUCAAUAUGGAUCCUGCGAUGAACUCUCAUUUAACUUACUAUGAAAAAACUAUUAUAGAUACUAACAAUAUAUUUAUAGACGAGAAACCUCCGGAUAAGGAAUAUAAGGAUUCAGAUGAUUUACAAGAUGAUAUAGAUGAGGAAUUCAUUGAAGAACCGAAAAUAAUUAAGAAAGAAAAUGAAAGAACUCUAUUACAGAUCCCAGUUGAACUGUUACCUUGUCCAGCAGUAGUGAAGAGCGUCACUGAUAGAACGUACACUUAUCCAUCACAAAAUGAAGCUAAAGAUUAUAGAAAUCUAAUUCUCACUAUAACCGUCUCCAUAUGA